CCACGGCCUUCGGAUAUGGCGGCGGCGACGACCUGCGCCCCCGUUUGCCGCCGCCUCGUGCUGCUGCUGCUGCGGAGAAGGCGGCGCGGAGGCUCCCCGCGGCUGCCGUCGGCCGGCAAACGCCUCAGCAGCAGCAGCAGCUCCCUCAGCAGCGGUGUCGUCAGGACCACUGACCCUUCCAGGAAAAUGAGGAUGACCACAUGCACAAGCAACAUGGAUAUUUUUUACCAGCCUUCUGCCUCGUACCAAAAUCACCCAAGUACCGAAGCAACUAUUAUCUCAGGGAAAAAGCUGGCUGCCCAGGUCUGCGAGGAGAUACGAAAGGAUGUAGACUCCUGGCUUGCCCUUGGGAACAAGAGGCCCCAUCUCACCGUUGUUUUAGUAGGAGACAACCCAGCCAGUCACACGUAUGUGAGAAAUAAAGUAAAAGCAGCGGCAGCCGUAGGCAUUUGUAGUGAAAUAAUACUGAGGCCCAAAGAUAUUUCUCAGGAAGAACUUUUAGAUCUGACUGGCAGAUUAAACAAGGAUCCAAGAGUCAGUGGUAUAUUAGUCCAGUUACCUCUGCCAGGUCACAUUGAUGAAAGAACUGUGUGUAACACUGUUGCCCCUGAAAAGGAUGUGGAUGGAUUUCAUAUUUUCAAUAUAGGACAACUGUGUCUUGACCAACCUUCUGUUAUACCUGCCACUGCUGCUGCUGUCUGGGAAAUAAUAAAAAGAACAGGAAUACAAACAUUUGGAAGAAACGUCGUUGUCGUUGGGAGAUCAAAGAAUGUUGGAAUGCCUAUUUCAAUGCUUUUGCAUACCGACGGAGGACAUGAAAGGCCCGGAGGUGAUGCUACAGUUACAAUUGCUCACAGAUAUACACCCAAAGAUCAGCUGAAGAUCCAUACACAGCUUGCUGAUAUUGUAAUAGUUGCUGCAGGUGUCCCAAAGCUGAUUACUUCUGAUAUGGUUAAAGAAGGGGCAGCAGUGAUCGAUGUCGGGAUCAACCAUAUCCACGAUCCUCUCACAGGAAAGACCAACUUAGUGGGGGAUGUGGACUUUGAAGAGGUAAAGAAGAAAGCUGCUUUCAUCACGCCUGUCCCAGGAGGUGUAGGACCAAUGACAGUUGCCAUGCUUUUGAAGAAUACAUUAAUUGCGGCCAAGAAGCUUAUUUAUUAAGAUCUAUGAAUUCAAGCCAUUCUAUUUAUUGAUACAUAUACAUUUAUUUUUCUUACAAAUAUAUUUAUUUCUAAAUUGUAUUUAUUCAUGUCAGAAUAUGGACAAUGGGUUUCUUUGCAUACUGACAAAAAUGUUUAUUACUUCUGCUGCUGAAUAUGCACCUACUCUCUUCAUGUCCGGAUGUGUGUGAUUUCUCUACGUAAUUCCAGGCUAAGCACCUGGUCCAAGUUGGAGGUGUGUGGUUUUUGCAAAACAUCCCUCGCCAAUGCGAGUCUCUUUUGCAACAGAAAAGGAGAUCUGGGCCUGAGCUUUAACUGCAUGCCACACUCUAGCCAAGGAUAAUAAAGGGCUCAUACUUUGAACUACAUUAUGCAUAAGGGGGGAAACUCCCAGAACCCAGUAUGCUUGAUAGAAAUAAAUCAGGAAUUUAUCUCUGAAAAGCCAGGUAUCGAUAACUGAACAUGUAUGAAAACGCUAAAAACAAAGUGAAUUGUGUGUGAUUUUUGAAAGCAUGCUUAGUACUGUAAUCCCAAGUCAGAGGUGAAAAAGUCAUUCCAAAGGGAGUUAAUACACUUCAUUGCAGUCUGCUUCUAUGUCUAGUAUUGCCCUCGCGUCCCAAAACACAGUAUCAGUAUCAUUCCUUUUUAGAUUAAUAGAUGUGAGCUGACCAAUUUCAUUCUCAUUGAAGAAGCAUCAUUUCCGUCAAGAAGGGACAGGAGAACUUCUGUAAUAUUAAUUGAUUCCGUAUUGGAGAAUUCAAAAUAUUUUUAAAAUGUCUACAUUAUUGAUCAUCAACUUUAAAAAAUCCUUCUGAAUUGUAUUUCCAUUCCAGUGAACUGUAAUAUUAAAACAAUACCCAUGAUUGCUGAAACUAAA